AUGAAAUUUGAUAAACUUCAUUCUCAUAAUUCAACUCCAAAAACUGUCGAAUUCACUUCAACAACUAAAUCAACAUUUGUACCUCCACCUCUUGGAUUAGAAAUAGUCACUAUGCCUAAUAACAAAAUUUUUGAUCUCUUCUUAAAAGGAUCAAUAAGUGCUAAAUAAAUGUUACAAAUGGAUCAUAAUGAUAUUGAUAAAUCUGUUAGAAAUAAUCCUAGACGUUAAUAAACAAGACAUAAAUCAAUUAAAAAAAAUUAAGCAGAUCAAAUAUUUAGUCUAGUUGAAAGAUUUUAACAAUAAAGAAAAUAAUCAGUUAUUAUAGCAUAGAAUCCAAAACCAUAAAAUCCACCAAAAUUAUAAAGGAAAGAAACAUUAAUGUAAUUAACUUCCAGUACCAAGGAACUUAUUUAACCUAUAUCAUAAUCUAGAUUCAGAGUACCAGUUAGAAAAUUUUCAUAAAGAAGUACAUCUAGUGGUAAAGAAGAAUAAUUGAUAAAGAGAUGUGAGAAACUAAGUGGGGAACGUUUGAAUGCAGAAGAAAAAGAAUUAUUACUAAAAAAAGAUAUAACUGAUGAAGAUGCAUGGAGGAUGAUGAAUGUAUUUUAAAAGAAGAAAUGGUUUUUUGAUUAUGUACAUAGAAAUUUAGAUUAAUAAAAAUAACAAUCUAGUUAAUAAGAAAUUAAAGUAUAAGUUCAACCUAUUUCAUUAUUUUAAAAAUUAAGAAACACAGUACUCAAAUAAACAGAAGUGAAAAGAAAACCUGAAAAAUAGUGUUAAGAAUAUUAUAAUCAUAUUUAAAAGUAUAUUUAUUAGUGAUAUAGUAUUGAAGAUUAAAUAAAAUACCAUGUUUUUAAUAGAGAUUUGCCUGAACAAAUUAGAAAUCAGUAAAAACCUAGUGUGAAAAUGUAUAGAUCUGAAUCAGAAGUUUCUAAAUUAAAUAUCAGAAAUAAAUUUAUAGAGGCAGUAGAUAAAUUUAGCAUUAAUUAAUCAAAUCCUUAAGUAUUAAAGGAUUUUUUUGAAAAUGGAAGUUAAACUUGCAGAUCUUAACCUAGAAUGUCAAAAACUAAAUUAACUUCCAGAAAAGUUCAAAGACCAUAAUUAUCUAGAGAAAAUGAUAUUUCUCAUGAAAGUUAAGGAGAUUCUUAUAAGAGUAUAACUGAAUUCAGACUCAAUGAAUUGUAUCAUGAAAGUAAAUAAAGAUAAAAAUAAUAUAAAUAAAAAUAUGAUACUCCUUUUAUUGAUAAUGGAGAUUAAUUAUAAAGAAAAGUUAAAAAUUUAGUUAGAUUAGGAAAUUUAUAGAAUACUAUUUUAAAUGUUGUUUCAUUUAAAUUGUAAUAAUGA